AUGAGGGAAUCCAACAUCUCAUCAGUCACCUCCAACAAACCCAUCACAUCCAUAACCUCAAUCCUUUACGACCGCCGUGCACUCGACUGCACCUCAACCCUGCCCCUCAUCAACUCCCUCACAAACCUCGCUCACCUAAUCUCCGACUCCCCCCGCAUUCGCGAAACAAUCGCCGUAGACGGCGGCCUCGAACGCCUCGUCUCCAUCCUCCAAACCCCCCGCACCGAAGACGUCCUGUCCCUCUGGAAAUGGUCACUCGCAUUCCAAUGCGUCAUCCAGAUCGGUAUCCACGGGAGUGAGCAAGCGAGGUUGAGGAUCGUGGAGGCGGAUAUGGUCAGUGUUAUCGCAUCGAUACUUUGCCGGUUCUUGAGGACGUUGGAUCAUCUGAAAGCGGAGAGAGAUGCU